GGACGCAGUAGGAGCUUCACUGCAACAGUGGACGGUUGUCAAAGAGAAACCACUCUGGGAAUGGGACCUAAAACCAGAAGCAAGACCAACUUUCCCUUCUUAAAGCUCUUCCACCACAGAAGACAACUCUUUAUCCAAAGGGAAUGAACUUUUCCUCUGUAAAGAAGAAGGAGCAGGUGUAAGAAAACUACAAAUGGGCUAAAUCAAAGGGUAUGGUUUUUAGUUUAACGUGCCAAAUUGGCAUCCCGUUUGUAAGUCUUUGACUUUUAAGAAUAGAGCUGUUGGCUUUUAUGACAUGCUUUUAAACUAAGGUGUGGAGAUCCUAUAAAGGUUAUGCAGGUUCUAUCCCAGAAUAAAGCAACGGAAGUCUUUUGUUAGAAAGGCUGUGGUUUCUAAAGGUGCGUCUCUGGGGCCCUGGUGCAUGGCGCUGAAAGGUGUCGAAAAAAGCCAGAGAGAGCGUUGUUGGUUUACAUCUGAGUUGCAAUGGCAAAGUGGUUCAAGGAGUUCCCCAUCAAUCUGAAGAAUGGCACCGACAGGAUCCGCUCAGCCUCCGAGUCAGGCUCCCAAACCUGCAGAGUCAAUAAAAGCGGACUGGUGGUCAGCAUCGGUACCAAAACCACUGGAUCCAAAGCGGCCCAUCGCAAAAACUCCUCCGCUGACAGCACAGGCGGCGGUGUUGGAUCUCUCCUGUCCGGAAGAAACCGUAAGAACUCGGCCGCAGACGGUGGGAGUUCACCCAAAGAAGGAAAAGUUUGGGAUAACCUUCUGUCUGGGAAGAGCCGCAAGAAUUCCAAAGCGGAGCCGGUGUUUGAGGACCAGCACAGAUCUGCUGUGAAGAGUUCCCCGCCUGCCAGUGCUUACAUCAACCGGCUGAUCAGAGUGGACAAACAGGACAAAAGUCCCAACUUCAACAGUGGCACCAUCAGCAGAGAAGUGGCUCCUGAAGCAGAGAAACCUACAGUCCAGAGCAAAACAGAAACAGUGAUCAUUCUUGAGGAUUACGCGGAUCCCUUUGAUGCCCAGAAGACCAGAGAGCAGAGGGAGGCAGAGAGACUUGGAGAGAAUGACGGUUACAUGGAGCCUUAUGAUGCCCAGCAGAUGAUAACUGAGAUCAGACGUCGAGGGUCCAAAGACCUGCUGAAGGUCACCGUGCUGACCGAGGGCAGUGAGGUGACGGUGGAAGACAGCCAGCCUGGGCCUCUGCAGAUCUAUGACGUCCCAUAUGAGGGAAGUGGUGGUGAUGGCGGUCCGGCCGAGAUGACACGGCCGGACCUGGAUCCUCGUCCGCCCACGGAGUACGAACUGCCAUGGGAGUGGAAGAAGGAGCAUAUCGUGAGAACUCUGUCAGCACAGUUUGACAGUCUGGAGCGCUCAGUCAAAGAUGAGACGCCUCCGCCGACGCUCACCAGGCAGCCACAGCACCCGCCGACCCAGCCGCCGUCUCAGCAUCAGCAUCUGAGGCAGAAGAGCUGGACCCAGAAGAUCCUGCGAUCUUCACCCCCAACACUACUGUCACCAUCCUCCACCACAUCAGCCAGCAGCCCUGACGCUGACGCCCGCUGUGUGGACCCUUCCCUGCCCCUGGAAAAACAGAGCUGGUACCAUGGCUGUGUGACUCGACAGGAGGCAGAGUUUCAGCUGCAGUCCUGCAAAGAAGCCAGUUUCCUGGUCAGAAACAGCGAGUCGGACAACAUUUUUACUCCAUCGCCCUCAAGGCGGUUAAUAUUCAGUGCAUUUCAUACUGCCAAGGGCUGA